AUGCAGGUCCAGACUCUCAAUCUUCACUUCAUCGAGUCUCCUUCACCAGCCACAUCACAUAACCUAGUAGAAGCACUGUGUUCUAUGCCAAACCUGACUGACCUGACACUGAAGAAUCUCAACGAGGAUUUCUACUCUAUAUUGAAAGAAAAGGCAUCAAUCAUACAGGUCCAGACUCUCAAUCUUCACUUCAUCGAGUCUCCUUCACCAGCCACAUCACAUAACCUAGUAGAAGCACUGUGUUCUAUGCCAAACCUGACUGACCUGACACUCGUUGGAGAGGUAUUCACUGAGGAGUUCUUCUCUACAUUGAAAGAAAAGGCAUCAGUCAUACAGGUCAAGACUCUCAAUCUUUACUUCAUCGAGGCUCCUUCACCAGCCUCAUCACAUCACCUAGUAGAAGCACUGUGUUCUAUGCCAAACCUGAGUAACCUGGUACUUAGUAGGAAUCUCAUUGAGGAGUUCUACUCUACAUUGAGAGCAAAGGCAUCAUCCAUACAGGGUUGUUUUCCUCAGAUCAGGAAUGGAAACUUCACGCUCAAUGGAGAAGCUCAAGAUGACUUGAACUCAUUUCUUCACACCCUCACUUGUUUGCAGAGUGGUAAGAAGAGUGAAGUUCCUUCUACUCAGUCAAGAGCUCCAUUGGAUGAUCCUGGAAUUCCAGAGAAGCGACCAAAGUAUGACGUCUAGUUGCUAUGGUACCGGUAGAGUAAGAGGUCCACUUCAUCUUGAUUUAUAUAUGUAUGAUACAGGGCUCCACACUAGCUUUUUCUUUUGGAAAAGAGGUUCAGAUUUUAACUGUUUACAGUCUGCAUGCAUAAGCGUUCAGGAGGUCCUGACCUAGAUCCUGGGCAUCCAUGUGUCCAGCUAGCCUGGUUACCUUUGAGCCCCGGACUGAAAUUUGGGGUAAAAGGGGAUAAUUCUGUGAUGUUGAAAACAUGAAUAUUCGUAAUAUUUUUUUUUUACCUUG